AGUAGCAGUAGCAGUAGUAGUAGUAGUAGUAGCAGUAGUAGUAGUAGCAGUAGCAGUAGCAGUAGCAGUAGCAGUAGUAGUAGUAGCAGUAGUAGUAGUAGUAGCAGUAGUAGUAGUAGUAGUAGCAGUAGCAGUAGCAGUAGCAGUAGCAGUAGUAGUAGUAGUAGUAUUAGUAGUAGUAGUAGUAGUUGCAGUAGCAGUAGUAGUAGUAGUAGUAGCAGUAGCAGUAGCAGUAGCAGUAGUAGUAGUAGUAGUAGUAGCAGUAGUAGCAGUAGUAUCAGUAGUAGCAGUAGUAGUAGUAGUAGUAGCAGUAGUAGCAGUAGUAGCAGUAGUAGUAGUAGUAGCAGAAGUAGUAGAAGUAGUAGUAGAAGCAGUAGAAGUAGUAGUAGUAGUAGCAGUAGUAGUAGUAGUAGUAGCAGUAGUAGCAGUAGCAGUAGCAGUAGCAGUAGCAGUAGCAGUAGCAGUAGCAGUAGCAGUAGCAGUAGCAGUAGCAGUAGCAGUAGCAGUAGAAACAGUAACAGUAGCAGUAGUAGCAGUAGCAGUAGGAACAGUAGCAGUAGCAGUAGUAGCAGUAGCAGUAGCAGUAGCAGUAGCAGUAGCAGUAGCAGUAGCAGUAGCAGUAGCAGUAAUAGUAGUAGUAGUAUCAGUAGCAGUAGCAGUAGCAGUAGUGGUGGCAGUAGUGGUGGCAGUAGAGGUGGCAGUAGUGGUGCGUAUGCCGAUAUUUCGCAGCUGUAG